AUGGCAAUUCAGGCGCUGGUGGUGGAUAUGGCAAUCUAUUCCCACCCAAACGUCCGUAUACAAGCGCUGUUCGAUGGUCAUGGCGGGCCGCACGUUGCCCACUACGCUGCGAAUCACCUUCAAUCUCUUUUCGCGAAGCAUAGGAGCUUGUCUCGACAAACCAUCGAGAAGAUCUGCAAUGAUUUGGAUGAGGAGCUCAAGAUGUAUAAAAUAAUACAUAGCGGCUCAACAGGUGUAAUAGUUGUAAUUGAGAAGGUGGAGAAGCCGGAACAGGUCACCGUUCGUGGAAGACAAAUUGUGGGGGACCCGGCAAUCACACCUCUCAAAGAGGAAUAUGGACAAGAGGCGUCACCAGCUGCACAGAUAACGCUGGGAUCGCCUGAUGCUCCAUUUCGCCUUUACGUUAUAAACGUUGGAGACAGCCGGGCGAUGCUGCUCGGUGGGAAUGACUACUAUGAGAUGACAAAGGAUCACAAACCCGAUGAUCCCGAAGAAAAGAGCCGCAUUGAGCGAGCUGGGGGGUUUGUAACCGAUGAGACCGCAAGAUCGGUCGCUCGAGUCAACGGACUUUUAGCUGUCAGCAGAUCAUUCGGCGACUUCCUUUUAAAGGAGCCAGGGUCCGGUGACACACCAGUGAUCUCCAAGCCAGAUAUCCGGUAUUUCUUCGCUACCUACGGUGAUUUACUGCUCCUCUUUUGUGACGGCGUGACGGAGCCGGCUGAAAUGAGCUGGGCUCAUGUGGCGGCAUUCGCGCGGGAGACUUUCUCACAAACGAAUGACGUAGUUAAGACUGCAACGUUUCUUGCCGACAAGGCUUACGCGGCAGGUUCUUUCGACAAUAUCAGCACAAUAGUUACCUCACUCCGUCAGGAGCCCGCAGCGGUUCCUGUCGCAACCCUUCAAGCCCACGUUUGGACCAGAGACAAGCUGAUAACUACACUAAGCGAAGAUUGGACGCAUCGACUUGAGACGGCAAAAAGUAACUUUUUCUUGCCCCUAUUUUAA